AUGUCGGGAGAAUCGAAUAAUGCCCUGAUCCCCCGACCUGGUCCUACACCCAAGCUUAUCUCAGGACCUAAAACAGGUCAGAAGUCACUCUACCAACAGCACGUUCUUGACGAAGAUACAUAUACCGAUGCAUUAUCACAUAUCAUCACUCGAGAUUUCUUUCCCAACCUCCCUCAUCUACACGCGACGAACGACUAUCUCACUGCCUUGACCGAAAAUGAUCCCGAACUUUUAUCAGCAUCGAUACGCAAACUGGCAUACCUAGCUCAGGAGAAGGAUAAUGGACGGUCUACGCCUGUGGGAGGAAGGAGGAGUUUGGAUGAUAUUGAUGCUGAGCGAGUGAGGAGGACAGAAUUUGCAAUGGCUGGUACACCCUACAUCUCAUUACCUGGAAGUAGAGCUAGACCGAAUCGAACACCUGUCGGAGCGAGAGGAUGGGAAACACCCAUGGGUGGUGAGAGCUCAAGAAGGAAAUACGAAGAUUAUGAUGAAUUGGAUGGAACAGGUCUUCGUUCUUCCGAUAGCGAGGCUGGUCCAUCGAGUCGACCGUUCAAGAGACCCAGACAGAAGAUGAUCAGAGAUGAUCUAUCGUUAGAUGCUUUCCAACGUAAUUACACUUCGGAAGAUAAUGCUUCGUUCGUCCAGAUUGUGGAUGAAGAAAAUAAGAGGAGGAGGGAAGAAAGAUGGGGGUGGGCUUGGGAAGCCGAAAAGAAAGCGAAUCAACGAAGGUUGGAAGGUGAAGAAAGAAGGAAGAUGAUUUUAGAUGCUGCUAUGAGUGGGAAUUGGAGACUGAACGGUGAAGGAACGAGGUUGAUAGGUGGGUUGGCGGAAGGUGGAAGAGACAGGAAUGAAGGGGAAGCUUGGAAAGACAUCAAACUCAUUGGAGGGACAAAAGACCAAUUGUCUUCAACCAACCCAGAUGACGAAGAUACGGUUACAGAAGUAGAAAGUGGAGCAUUGAUACCUCAUGCGUCUGGAUCAACUUCUUCAGCACUAGUCAAAACCGGCGAUACGACUACCGCGCCUCGGUCCAAAUUAGCUGAAAUUCCUCUCCCACCCAAACAUCCUCUCACGCAAGCUCUUGCCGACGCUGGCUUGCCUGGUACAGCACUCAUAUCGACGGAUGAUGGACAGAUCGUACCUCAUCGUGAAGGUGCAUCAGGAGGUAGUGAAGGUAGAGGUAGAGGUGAUGAGGAGAAAUCAUUGAGGAACAGGAUCGAAAAUGCCGUGAUGGGCGAGGAGGAUAAUAGUAUCUCCUUGGCAGGUAGUGGUGCGGAUCAAUGGGGAUACAAGACUCGUAACAAUCUCAUGUUUCCUGCCGAUUCCAACUCUGAUCCAUAUCCCAAACCUCGACCCACGAACGCUCAACCCAUUGCUAAUCCACCUACGAUCACUCACGCAAAUACCCGAUUACCGGACGAAGAGGAAGUCCGGCCAAGUCGAGGAGAAGGUAGUAGUAGGAGGGGAAGUAGUCCCGCUAGAAGUUGGGUCGAUGCAGCUGUAAAAGGUACUCCUUAUCAUCGAGAACCUUCAAUGCCAAUCAUCAACAAUUAUACCCUAUUACCCAAUGAUCCUUCUCCAUCACCUCAGGACCUACCCUCGCUAUUGACGUGGGGUACCCUACUUUCCACUCCUAGAGCUUUGGACGGGACGGAAGAUCCAUUGGAAUCGACUCGAUCAUUCAAGUUACCAGAAACGAAAAGAAGGGAUGAGAUAGGUAGGAAAUUGGCCGAUAAAGCUAGUAGAUCAAUAUCCGAACGAGCCAAAUCAUUCACACCUCACCAUCAACGUGGAUCCCUAUCAUCCACUCUGCGCGCAGCGGCAGAUAAAACCCAACGAUCAGUCAGAGGUGAACGGACACCUGGAAAGAUGUUACCUCCUUCUUCUGCUACACCGAGAAGACAGGCGGAAAGCUUGACUCCUGCGGCUAGGAAAUUGCUGGAACGAAGUGUCGGACGAAGUCCUAUGACCACUCAUGGUGGAAUCGGCAUGUCGACGGGCGGGAAGAAUCGAGGGGCAGUAAUGGAAAGUAGAUCAGGGUGGGGUGGGAGAGCCGAGAAGCGAAUGACAUGGACACCAAGUCCUAGGAAGUGA